CGCGGGCAGUAACUAAUCACUUGAAGGGCUUCCAUAAUCCUGCACCCAACCAUCUAUACGGCCCGGCCCGACCUAGAGAAAAAAAGUGCAGGGUUAAAAAUAAACACGGGGCUAUAAAUAGCCCCCCACCAGCCCGGGGGGAAGCUGGAAGAAGUUUGCAAUUGCAUUGCAAAGCGCUGGUGGUGGUGGUUGGCAAAGGUGGGGAGAGUGGCGUGGAGAGCUGCUGCUGGUUAAUUGCACAUUCAAGUGGAAAAUUUUCGGGAGUCAGCAGAAACAUUGUAUCCAAAAAAGACAAAGUCGCAGUGGCAACAAAACUGAGGAGCUUGUCCCUGGAAAACUUCCUUUCGGUUUAUUUUGUUUAAGACUCCAGGCUUAGGCUUGGAGACCCCAGCCAUCAUCAUUGAGCCCAGCAGCUGGAGCGGCAGUGAGAGCCCUGCCGAAGACAUUGAAAGAAUGAGUGAUUCUGCAGAUAAACCUAUUGACAAUGAUGCAGAAGGUGUCUGGAGCCCUGACAUUGAACAGAGCUUUCAGGAGGCUCUAGCUAUCUAUCCACCAUGUGGGAGGAGGAAAAUAAUCUUAUCAGAUGAAGGCAAAAUGUAUGGUAGGAAUGAAUUGAUAGCCAGAUACAUCAAACUUAGAACGGGAAAGACACGGACCAGGAAACAGGUGUCUAGUCACAUACAGGUCUUAGCAAGAAAGAAAGUUCGAGAAAUUCAAGCCGCCAUUAAGGUGUCUAGUCACAUUCAGGUUCUUGCCAGAAGGAAAUCUCGUGAUUUUCAUUCCAAGCUGAAGGUAACAAGCAUGGAUCAGACUGCAAAGGACAAAGCACUCCAACACAUGGCAGCAAUGUCAUCAGCUCAGAUAGUAUCAGCUACUGCUAUUCACAACAAGUUGGGCCUGCCAGGAAUUCCCCGUCCUACAUUUCCUGGUGCACCUGGGUUUUGGCCAGGAAUGAUACAAACAGGGCAGCCUGGAUCCUCGCAAGAUGUAAAGCCAUUCGUUCAGCGGGCCUAUCCUAUACAGCCAUCAGUCACAGCUCCUAUAUCAGGAUUUGAGCCUGCAUCAGCUCCAGCUCCUUCAGUUCCCGCUUGGCAGGGCCGAUCAAUUGGUACAACCAAGCUCAGACUGGUGGAAUUCUCAGCUUUUCUUGAACAGCAGAGAGACCCAGAAUCCUACAACAAACACCUCUUCGUACACAUUGGACAUGCCAACCAUUCUUACAGCGACCCAUUGCUUGAAUCGGUGGACAUUCGUCAAAUUUAUGACAAAUUCCCUGAAAAGAAGGGAGGUUUAAAGGAACUGUUUGGAAAAGGGCCUCAAAAUGCCUUCUUCCUAGUAAAAUUCUGGGCUGACUUAAACUGCAACAUUCAAGAUGACACAGGAGCAUUUUAUGGAGUAACCAGCCAGUAUGAGAGCUCAGAAAAUAUGACAAUCACCUGUUCCACCAAAGUCUGUUCAUUUGGGAAGCAAGUAGUAGAAAAAGUAGAGACGGAAUAUGCAAGGUUUGAGAAUGGCCGAUUCGUGUACAGAAUAAAUCGCUCUCCGAUGUGUGAAUAUAUGAUCAACUUCAUACACAAGCUCAAGCAUUUACCAGAGAAAUAUAUGAUGAACAGUGUGUUGGAAAAUUUUACAAUUUUAUUGGUUGUAACAAACAGGGAUACGCAAGAAACCCUACUCUGCAUGGCUUGUGUAUUUGAAGUUUCGAACAGUGAACACGGAGCACAACAUCACAUCUACAGGCUUGUAAAGGACUGAAUGGUUAUUUAUAUAUACACUUCAUUACACUUCUUUAUCAAAACACAGACUGUAAACCUCAAUACUAAGUGGCAGUGCCUCUGGCCCAUCUUUCACCCACAUUUUUCUAAAUCCUGUUUUAGUGAAGUCAUUUUUAAUGUGUUCAUAUAUAAUUGUAGCUGUGAAAUUCUGGUACAGUUGUAAAAAAUUCUUUCUAAAACUAAGUAUUCUUCAAAUUUGUAAACCACAGUUCUUUGGGAAGACUGUAUUUAAGAACCUAACACCUCUGUCUGUGGAGGUUUAUUUUUAAUUGUGAUAGAAAAAUGUAUGACAGAGCAGUUGCCAUGGGGAAAACGUACAGAAUUUAUAAGAAUUUAUUUUGUUUUUGUUUCCAAAAAAAUGCUUGUUUUACGAUGCAAAUGAAAUUGAAAUGAAUCCUAACUAUAAAUGUAAAUUAGUACACAAAGUUAAUAACCUUUAUAGAAUUAUCUUUGUAACCAAUUAGGGUGGAAGAUAUGGACGAAUGUAAUCACUAAAUUUAUUUUUUACAAUGAAACAUUUUUUCUGUUUGAAACCAAAUGAAAAAUACAGCCUUAAAAAAAUGCCUGAUAGAAACAGACAGGUUCUCAAAUUAGGCAAAUUUUGUAUUUUUUUCUCAACAUUGAAACUAAUCUUUUAAUCCAGUAAGCUUUCAAACAAGUAUUGCAGAGAAAGAAAAUAUCAUCCCUUAUCCUUAACAUAUGUAGUGUAUUUUAAAAGAAUAUAAAGUUGUAUCGUACUAAUAAGAGAAUUUGAUUAUUUAAUGAAAAAGAUGGCUCAUUUUGCAAUAAGUAGUUAAUUACUGAAAAUUUAGGCCAACAAUAUAUGUAGUCUUGCGUGUGCGAUUAUAUUUUAUAUGGACAGCUAUGUUUUCUAUAAAAUUGAGCGAAAACUUUGCAACACUGAAAUUAACAAACGUAAGGGGAAAUAAUUGACAUUAUUACGUGUUGUGAAUAAUCUAUCAAUUAAACCAGUAAUGUGGUUGAGAGAAGAAUACAUAUGCCAGUAAAAGGCUUACCAGCUUUAAUAUCUUUGAGAUGCUAGAAAAAUCACAACCAUCAUCAGGUAAAAAGAGAUUGGAGAGCUGGAGAGUUUUCUCCUUUUUCUUAUUGCUCACAAUGCUCUUCCACCUAUACUAUCCCACUAUGCCCAGAGCCUCCAAAAGAAAUGGUGCAAUUGGAACUGUCAGGGGGAGCUUAUAGGACACAGAAAUUAUUGUGACUUGGGGUCUGCUCUGCAUUCACAUUCAGAGCACACAGGUAUGUAGCAGUGUUCAUUCCUCUGGUGAAUACAUUAAGAAGUGGUUAAUUCAGGGAAGAUUCUGAAUUGUUUAUUAAAACCCACUGGAAGAGAUUUUGAUAGUAAGUAAGGAUCUGAAAUAUGGACAUGGGGGUGAGUGGUUAGCUAAGGUACAUGUGUUGUUAUACAUACUUGUUUCUUACAGGCUAAACUGGUUUAUAUCACAUUUCUGUUUUUCUUCUGUCUUUCAGCCACGCCCUUUCACUUUUAUAGAAACACAGUCAGGAUUAGGUUAUAAGAGGGAUAUGUGUUCUAAAACGUGGCAGACUAUCUGGCAAACUGCGCAUCCUAAUGGGCUGUCUCAAGCACUGGUUAUGAGAUAAGACACGUAUUU